AGCGGGACAGAGCGUGCUUUGUUUUGUUUUCCUCCGUUGGAAACAAACUUCCCCUUUUUCCAGACGAUAAGCUGCCCCACAGCAAACAACAAAAAUCAACCAAUUGCCAAAGGAAGGCAAGGACGAAAAAAAACAACAGUGCAACAGUGGAGCAGAGCAGUUGUUUUCGUGCCAUCUUUUCCACGGUGUGAAAAGGCUCGGUCCAGGCCGAUCGACGCAUCAUGCAUUAAAGGCGAAGUCGAGCAGCCGUUUCUCCUCCCGUGCUUCAAUGUGCUACGAGCCGAUGUCUGAUUAUUGUGCGAAAAUGGCUCUUCUGGACGACACAAACGGCAACACGGUCAACAUCAACAACCAGCCCGGUGUGGAAGGGGCUGGCGACGGGUGCACCGUGGGCGGUGGGAUGGCCCCAACGACUGCCGAUUCGGUCGCGAUGCUGCACUCCCCCUCGAACGACGAUCUGAGCCAAAGCCUGUCCGAGUACACGGACGCCGACGAAAGCAUAUCAGCCCCGACCGAACUGCUGGCCGAGUUUCUUUCUGCCAUUAUGAUACGUGACUACGUGAAUGCGCUCAAGUACUGCAAGCAGAUACUGCAGUACGAGCCGAACAACACGACGGCCCGCGACUUCUAUCCCCACAUCCUGUCCAAGAUAAGCGAAAUGCAGAGCAACGAGCAGUCGGGGGAGAGCGACGAAAACUACAACUUCAACUGCAGCUCGCCGCUGGCAUCGUCCGGCUCGACGCCCUCGUCCUGCUCCGUCUCCUCGUCGCCCGGCUCGUCCUGCCGCUCCUCCUCCCGCUCGUCCUCCGGUUCGUCCUCGUCCGGGUGCGACGGGCCCAUCGACGAGGUGAUCAUGGUGUGCAGCAGCGACAGUGACGAAUCGUCCGAAGCCUGCUGCUCCUGCCCGGAGGGCUCGGAGGGCGCCCGGCCAAAGGUGCCCGCCGGCGACCACCAGCCAGCGGCGAAUGAGGGUGCCGCCGGCGGGGCGCUGCCAGUGCAGCCGGUGGCAAGGACGGGCUCGCGGUCGCAAAGCGACAACAACACGUCCCAGUCGUACUCGAGCCUGCUGCUGGAGGACGAAGAGAAGGAUCUCACCCUGUCGGACAUUUCCAAUCUCAACAUCGAGGAGGAUGAAACAUCCAACGACUGUGGCGGAUCGCAGGAAAACAGCUACACGCCGCUCGAUGCAGUAGCGGCCGCUCCGGCCGUCAAGCCGCCCGUCCCGACCACGAACCUUGCCACUGCCUCGGUCUUCGCGUCCCGGCUGGUGGCCAUGCUGCGGUCCAAAGUAAUACCCUCCCGGACGGGUGGCGGUGAGUGAGGGGGUUUGCAUCGUACAAAUGAAAAGUUUGCAUUUUUAUUUCACGCACACAUUCGAACGCAUUUUGGAUGCUUUUCUUUGCCUUAUGUAUUCAUUUCCAUUGAUCUCUCCGUACUAGAGUGUGCGUGGAUGUGUUUGUGUGUGUAUGUGUGCAUGUGUGGGCCAUUUAGUAUAACUCGAAACUAAAUACGUUUUGCGUACAACACUCUGGUACACUGACUAGUUAGCUUAGCAGCUAGCGGCUAGGAAAUUUAGUUUAGGAAUUAGUUUAAACUAUAUAAAUGUAUGUGUGUUUGUAGGAAGGAGGCAUUAAAAAAAUGAUAUUGAACUAGAACAGAUAAAAAAAAACAGGCAUACCAUUUGAGCCGUCAUUUUUUUUUCUCUGUUGUACGUGUUUCGCUUUCCCCUAAUAUUGCACAAAAUAGCACAACUCCGUGUAGUAUCGGUUGUCUCAUUUUUCAUGCCACAUAAAAAAAAAAUAAUAACAUUCCAACAUUUUCUGCAAGCGCUGUAUAGUUGCGAACAGGCUUGCUUAGAGUGCAAAGCGAUGGUGAAUGCCGAAUUAGCAGAUCAAUCGAGACAUGAAAGGGAACAAGUAGAUCGACCUUAGGCUACGCUAUAAUAGAAUCGAAAUGGCAAACAGAGCAAAACAGAUUCGUUACACCCCUACUAAACUACUACUACUACAAGAAAACCAAAGGACCUAGAAGCUAGACCCUAGAAAGGAAGGUAAACCUUUGCAGUAGCAUCCGUAACAAUCGUGUUUUUGGUUACACCAUUAUACAACCCUACAUCGGAGGAGGGGGCAGAAUAUGUAAACCGGAUCUCUUAGAAGGAGAAGAAAGAAAAAAAAGACUUAGAAGGGAGAGCCAGACGUAUCCCUUUUCCUAGUACAGUAUAUAUCCUUUAUUACGGCGGCGAGCGGCCUGUGCGCCCAUUUUUUGCUCCCCUAAUGGGACGAGAAACAAGAAGCACGGUCUAAAUAUAUAUAUUUAAAUGUAUAUCUACAUGGAAAGAAGACAACAAACAAAGGAAACAGAAACAUACCAAAAAAAGGUGUAAAACCAGGAAGAAUAGUUUUAUAUUUGCAGACGAAUGCGUGCGUGUGUAAGGGGCAUGUGUAUUGCGUAUAGCGAUUUCGAGCAAGCGAGCAAAACCGAAAACCGUUGGUACUAAACAACCACAUAUAGCUGUGCACCUAGUCAUGUCGUUAAUUGUGUGAACAAGGAACAAGGAAAAACGAAAAUAAAAACAACAAAUAAUUUAUGUGAAAA